AUGCGAUUGGAACGGAGCAUGAGAUUCAUCGGGCGAUCUAAGGUUGCAUAUACCCUCACUGAACCACUCUACCCACGUUUUGGCGCGUCGUCAGGGGCCCAUGUUUGGAGAGCGCGGAGUUCAGACAGCAACCAGGAGGUGGUUCUGAAGUUUUGCAAACCUGACACAACCCAAUCUCGAUUGAACUUUCAGAAGGAAAUCUCGCAAAGCCAGAAGUUUGGAGGGGCACAAUAUAUUCGGAAACUCUUAGAUGUCAUCGAGGAUUCCGCCGGAAGAGAGAUAGAUCAUUGUGGAAUGGUACUGGAAUCAUUUCCUGAGACCCUGUGGGAAGCCCGUGAAAAUGGGCGCCUAAGCACCUUUGGUCUUGCUGGAAUUCGAAAGACCAUGAAGGAUGUUCUUCUCGGCAUCCAGGAAUUGCAUGCGGAAGGAAUCAUUCAUCUUGAUAUUAAAGCUCAAAACAUCUUGCUAGAUGGAAUGUCCGCCAGGUUAUCUGACCUUGGAUCUACAUGGCCAGCCUCACCUCCUUCAACUGGAAUUGCACAGCCAAUGCCCUAUCGCAGUCCUGAAAUCCUCUUUGAUCUUCAGUGGUCUAAAGAAGUCGACAUAUGGGGUUGGGGUAUGGUAUAUCUUCAUAUGAUUCAGGCUUAUCUUCGCCCUGAUAUUUGGGGUCUAUAUGACCGACUUCCUGAGGAAUCUAGUCUCGACAUGUCCCAAAUGUAUGAGGAUAGGGUCAGAUACGACAUAUUCCAUGACUUCCAGCUGAGCUUGGCACCUUAUUAUCAACAAUGCAAAGACCACUGGCCGAGGUUGGACCCGAAACGACAAGAAGUAACCCUACGAUCGAUACUGGAAUACUUGGAGUUUCUAGAGGAAGACAUUCUUCUCUUGGAAAGGGUCUUGAUUCCUGACCCUGGGUUACGUCCUACCGCAAAGGAAAUAUUACACAAUGGAUGGCUAGACGGGAAGUGUGUUCAGGAGAUGGCUUAAUUAGACUAAUCACUUGGUUAUUUUGAGACAGCUCACGGCAAAUUUUCAUCCAAUUUCAAUAAAACUGCUCAGCCUUAGGUUUCGCCCAUUGGUUACGAGCCCUAACUCUUCAUGUUUGUAUCGCUCUUUUGGUUGUCAUGAACUGUCUGGUGCCAAAGUGUUAGGGAGUCCAAUGUACCUGAUCCUGUUACCCUACCUUUUCUGCGACGUGUCUAGAUUUAUCAUUCACAAAGGAACCGUCACUUUGCUCAUGGGAGACAGUUACGUGCUGAAUAGGGUCAUUGGGACUGGGAUGAAAUGGGGUUCCUGUUGAACAGUAUCCUAUUCUUGUGCAUGAUAUUCAUCUGGAGUGAGCUCAUCGCAGACAUUCACCAGGUCAUGUUGAUUCCCUUGAGUGGGUUUGGGGGACUUCCGCAACCGAGUCCACCGGGAAAACAUCUUGUUAAUAUGACAGGAAAAUGCAGAGGGAGUAACUAGCAGAGAGGGACUGGAAAAGAGCAGUGUAAAUAAGUGUGUGUGAAGAGACAGUAUCACUUGGAGUGAGCGAAGGAUAUGCUUCAAAGGGGCAGAAGAAAUCGAAUCUAUACAUUUUGGGGAG